GCGUAUUAUCUGAGUCUUUCUAGGCAAGGCAUCUUAUCAACACAUUCAAUAUACCAUGUUGAGGUCAGAAUGUGAGCUUGCUCUUCUCUUAUAAAUGGCAUACUACCCCCAGGCCUGUCAAGAAGUUUCCGGUUUGCUUUUUCCACCAUCACUCACCAGAACGAUCCAACCGAACUUGCAAUCUUAGUCUCGCUCUCCUCUGUUCAAAAACAUAUACUACCUCCGUACUCCACAGACUUACGCAGCCCGCCAAGCACAAUGCAUUCUCUCUUCAUUGUCGCCCUCGCCUCUCUUGCCGGCAUGACCGCCUCUACGGCUGUCCAGCCUCGCCAAAGCACCCUGACCAAGUGCCAAGAAGGGUUCGAAAACGUCCACAGGACCUUGAACUUUCCCAAGUACUUGGAAACGGCGUUCCUCACCUACCCUGACAAUGCCUGCUACCUGACCAACGUCGAUCAAAGUCUAUUCACCCAGCAACAUUUCAAAUACAGCGUGAACCUGGCCCUGCAAAACAUGGUGAGCUGGAGUAGGCAGAGCCAGGCGAACAACAACACGUACUCGAAUUACGCAAACUGCCUCGUCGGCGCGUAUAACACAUUCGAGGCCAAGAUGCAGGAGCAGCAGAGAAAGAUGGGAGGUAGCCUCGACCAGGCUAUUGCGACGACGUUGAAAAGCCAGAUGGCGCAGCAGCGAUGCCCGGGUUUGACUUCCACCACCAACCAAAACAGGCCCACAGCCACCAGCGUCACCAGCCCGACUGCCACCCGGACCGGCGCUGCCGCCACCGGAAGUGGCGCCUCCACAUCCGGCAUCCGCCCACUUACCUCCCAGACAGGCGCUGCCGCCACCGGAAGUGGCGCCUCCCAGACAGGCGGCGGCCCUGAGGACGACGUCACUCCUACCGGCACCGCGGCGACGCCGAGAGAGCCUGCGCCCACAGGGUCCGCUGGUCUCCGUGCGGUCAGCCCCAUGGGCCUCGAGGCCUUUGCCCUGGCUGCGGCCGUUGCUGUCGCUACCUAUUUGCUUUGAGUUGAGGAUGGGAAGGAAAUGAUUUGCUUGGGGAGAUGGAACGGUUUGGCGGAAUUGUUUGACCCAGGGUACAGAUUGAAAGACAAGGAUAAAAUGUUGUCUUUGGAAUCCUGUCGGAUCUAAUU